AUGACCCGGGUCUUAUGGGUUCCUGAUCUGGAGAUCAUGAGUCCUCCACAGGUCCUCCACAGGUCCUCCACAGGUCCUCCACAGGUCCUCACCUGCAGGUCCUCCACAGGUCCUCCACAGAUCCUCACCUGCAGGUCCUCCACAGGUCCUCCACAGGUUCUCACCUGCAGGUCCUCCACAGGUCCUCCACAGAUCCUCACCUGCAGGUCCUCCACAGGUCCUCCACAGAUCCUCACCUGCAGGUCCUCCACAGGUCCUCCACAGGUCCUCCACAGGUCCUCACCUGCAGGUCCUCCACAGGUCCUCCACAGAUCCUCACCUGCAGGUCCUCCACAGGUCCUCCACAGAUCCUCACCUGCAGGUCCUCCACAGGUCCUCCACAGGUCCUCCACAGGUCCUCCACAGAUCCUCACCUGCAGGUCCUCCACAGUUCCUCCACAGGUCCUCACCUGCAGGUCCUUUCAGAACAAAAGACCUCGGACCAGAUGCAGUCAAAUAAAGCUGAGAAACAUUUAAUAACCAAUGUUCCAACAUGACUAACCCUAUAAUCUGAAACUCUGAUCAAAACAAAAGAGAUUUAAAAGUAUAUUUUUGAAUCCUUGUUUUAAUGAAAUAAUUCUCUUUUAUGUAAAACAGAAACUUGUGUUUUGUAAAAACUGAAAAUAUUAUUUUCUUUCGAUCAAACUGAACUUCAUUCUGUGUUUUAAAAUAGAUUUAAAUUCACAAAGGGUUUGUGUUCACCGUUAAAGAGUUACGGUACGUCCACACGUGCUUCAACGGAGACGCUUCCCAUUCCCUUUGAAUGGGGAGACGUCACGCUUUGCCUCCGUUGCUCGCUUCAAGCGUUGACGGAAGCGCCAGCCAAUCAAAUCAUAUGCCAGUACAAUCGCUAGCCAAUCAAACCGCGUGCUUGUGUGUCCGGGGCGGGAGAUUCAUGUGAUUGGUUGUUGGUCGCACACCAGACACGCCCACCGGCAAGCUUCAAUGCGACGGAACAGUGUGGACAUAUAGACCCUAACCCAAUGUGAACUAUUUUUAUAAUAAUAACGUCGGGAGGUUUCUGUAACAGCUGCAGAUCAGGAGAGGGACACCUGAUCCUCAGACCCAUUACCUGUAGCUCUGCUGUGGUUUAAGUGCUGAGACUGUUCUGUCCGCUAUUUAAAAAACUCCAGACUAUUCUAAUAAAUGAAAAUAAGGACAGGAUAAGGUUUAGCUUCUCUGAGGUCGUGUUGGUCGUCUCCAUGCUGCAGAUAUCCCUGAUUCCCAUCCCUCUUUGUUCUGAUGUCAUAUUUAAUUUCUGAUCGUCAUCCCGUUAAUCCCUGUUAGCAUGAGAACAGAAGUGUACAGUUUUAUGGGUUUAACCAUGAGUAUCAGCGACAGAAUGUACAUUUUGUAGAAAUAUUUUAAGGAAAUCACACACAGUUAGAAAUGUGAAGAUAAGGCUUCUCUUUUCUAAUCACUCGUAGUCACAGGUCUGCUUCCUGCAGCGUCUCUCAGGUCCUGUUACUCCUUCCUGCUUUCACAGUGCCAUAAGACCACCGGAGGAAGUCCCUUCAUCUCCUCGUCUUCUUCAGACUACUUGAACAUAUCUGUCCACCAGAUAAACCGUGUGUUUCUGACGUUGUGUAUUUCCUUUUUAUAAACCUGAUAAAAACACCAA